CUGCGAAGAAGAUUGCUGCCUUCCUAAUACCCAGCAGCGCGAGCGCCAGAGAGGAAGCGCAUCCCAAUACCCUGGCCGCCACGAAGUACUGCUGCCACCUGUACUUGCCGACGGGGAAGACGUCGAUGAGGAGGCCCAAAAGCCCUGGAUGAGGUCGUAGACAACGAAGAUCCCGAGGAUGAAUGUUGGGUUGAGGUUGGAGGACAGUAGUUGUAGCCAUUGAAGGGGCUCGAGCAGGAUGGAUUUGGAGAGAUCACUGGAAACCAUCUGGUGGGGCUGCAAAUGGGAAGACGUCGGCGGUAAUCCGACGGAGCCAGAGUGCAGGCUCAGCACGGUGGCGUGGGUAGGCAGGGGAGAAUAUCUGGAUGGCGGCGGGACGCGACGGAGGCAGGGGAAGAAAAGAACAGGGGGUUCAAGAGGAGGAGGGGGGCUCGGAAGCGGCGGGAUCAUCAGAGGCGGUAGAGGAGGGGUCGGAAGCGGUGGGAUCAUCGGAGUUGGGUUUUCAACCGCCAAUGCUCUGAUGAGUUCGGAUCCGGGAACGGGAGUCGAAACCGGCGACGACAACCGCCACCGUGGGGAAGAGCGGAUCUGGAAUUGAGAAAAGGGAUGCGUUUUUUGUGGCGGAAGAUGAAAGAAGAGAAAGAGGAGAGAGAAUAAUAAAAAAUUAAUUAAUUAUUAUUUUGUUUUCAGUUAAUUCCACCCUAUAUCAUUGUUGAUAAAAUAUUGACAACUCAGCAUUUUCCGUUAGUCCAGUCAUAGCGUUAGAUGACACCGUUAAAGAGAUGGACGGAAUUGGCUAUUUUGUGUUUUCAAAUAAUUUGGCUAUAUUUGUCACAAACGUGAAAGUUAUGGCUAUACAAGUGUAUUUUGCCUUAAACUAAAUAUGAUAAGAAAAAAGUAAUUGGUUG